AUGGAUUAUACAGAUAAAUUACUUGAAUUAGAGGAACAAUACUAUGAAGAAGGUUUCAGAGAGGGUCAAAAUGAAUCCUUACACAACAGUUUCUUAGAAGGCAAACAGUUUGGGUUACAGGUAGGGUUUCAAAGGUUUGUCCUCAUAAACCAGAUCAUAGGUAUUUGUGAUAUAAUAGAUUCACUAGAUUUAAAAAAUGAUUCACUUAAUAAGAAUAUUUCCAUUAUUAGACAUUUAAUUAACAAUAUUCAAAUGAAUAAUGAUGAAGAAAAUGUGGAAAAUUUGGAUAAAAUUCUAAUUAAAUUGAAAAAUAAAUUUAGGACUGUUUUAUUAUCUUUUCACAGAUUAACCAAAGAUAAUCAUGAUAAUAAACAUUCAACAAACCAUUUGACCUUUAAUAAUGUUGAAGAUCUUUCUAGUAUAAUUGCAGGUAAAAUAGAAGGGUUUGUAGAGGACAAAGAGGUUACCGAAGUUAAAGUGAAACAAGACCAAUUACAUGAAUGGUAA